UAUGGAGUACCAAAAUUGGUCAAACCUCCGAAGGAAGCCUGGGGAAGAGCUGAAGGAUUUGCUCUGGUAUUUUAAAGGAAAUUCGCUGUAGCUGUGUUUCAAUAAUCAAAAGAAGAGACUGUUUCCUAUGGGAACUCGCUCUCUGUCGCGUUUGCAUUGCAGGAGGACUCUCCUACAUAUGUAUCAAGGAAAUGAGUGGCACAGAAUAUAUUAAUUAACAUCCUGAAGAAAUUAAGGUCCUUCAGUCUCACAUCAAUUCCAGGCAUGGAGUGGCUGAUACAGAACGUGAUUGAUACAGAAUUAAUGGAAGGAGAUGAUCCCCCCAGAGGAGGUUUCUCUUCUCAGAAAAAAUCCCCGAAACUAUGUGGCACCAACUACCCGCUCAGCAUUGCCUUCAUCGUGGUGAACGAGUUCUGCGAACGCUUCUCCUACUAUGGCAUGAAAGCUGUGCUGACUUUGUAUUUUCUCAACUUCCUCCACUGGGAUGACAACUUAUCCACCACCAUAUACCAUGCCUUUUCAGGCCUGUGUUAUUUCACACCUGUCAUUGGAGCUCUCAUCGCCGAUACAUGGCUGGGAAAAUUCAAGACGAUUAUCUACCUCUCCAUUGUUUAUGUGAUUGGCCACGUGAUAAAGUCUGUUGGUGCGAUACCAACUGUGGGAAACCAGGUUGUUCAUGUGGUUCUGUCCAUGCUUGGCCUGGCUUUGAUUGCCCUUGGAACGGGAGGUAUCAAACCCUGUGUGGCUGCCUUUGGUGGGGACCAGUUUGAAGAAGAACAUGCCAAAGAAAGGAGCAAAUUCUUUUCAGUCUUCUAUCUAGCUAUUAAUGCGGGAAGUUUGAUCUCCACAUUUGUUACUCCUGUAUUGAGAGGGGAUGUGAAAUGCUUCGGAGGAGAUUGCUAUGCCUUGGCUUUCGGUGUCCCAGCAGCACUCAUGGUUAUAGCCCUGGUUGUGUUUAUUGCUGGAAGUGGAAUGUACAAAAAAACUCCGCCGCGAGGGAACAUCCUACUCGAAGUUUGCCAGUGCAUUGCGUUUGCUAUUACAAACCGACUGAAAAACCAUUCCAAACAGAUUCCGAAGAGGGAGCACUGGCUAGAUUGGGCAUCAGAAAAAUACUCAAAGCAACUGAUCAAUGAGAUUAAAAUGGUGACACGAGUUCUCUUCCUGUUUAUCCCACUGCCAAUGUUCUGGGCUCUCUUUGAUCAACAGGGAUCUAGAUGGACUCUGCAAGCUACUAAAAUGAAUGCAGACUUUGGAGGAAUAGUCUUUAAACCAGACCAAAUGCAGUUCUUGAACCCACUCCUGAUUCUGAUCUUCAUCCCAAUUUUUGACUUUGGAGUCUACCCCCUGAUCAACAUGUGCAGAUUUAAUUUCACGCCUAUUAGAAAAAUGGCAACAGGUAUGAUCCUUGCAGGUCUGGCGUUUGCAGCUGCAGCCAUUGUAGAAAUCAAAACAAAUGAAACCAGUAUGCCCUCGCCUGUUCCGAAAGAAAGUUUCAUUCAGGUUCUGAAUUUGGCAAAGGACAGUAUUCAUGUGAAAAUCCAAGGCCAAGACCUAUUUCAGCAACCUACUGGGGCUUUUCAGGACCCAGCUGAGUAUUCAAAAUUAACGUUGAACGGAGCACAACAAAACCUUGGCUUUGAGCUGCAGUCCCAAGGAUCAGUGUCCACUUUUUACCACAACGUGCAGGAAAAAUCAGUAUACAGCUUAAUUGUCUACAAGUCAGAGGGAAACCUAUCAAGCCACUUAAUUGCAGACAUGGAAACAAAACCAGGCAAAGGGCUGACUGCUGUCAGGUUCAUUAAUGCUUUGGACCAAGAUGUCAACGUCACCAUUGACAGAGAGCAGAUCAUCAGUGUUAAGAAGAACUACAGUGUUUCAGAAUACACAACGUUAGACAGGGGAAAAUACAAUGUACAAUGCAAAACUGAAGCUACGGAAGUUACCCUGGACCUAGGCCUGCUUGACUUCGGAGCAGCGUACACCAUUGUUAUAACUAACACUUCUGCAAACACUAUUGAAGCAUGGAAGACAGAAGAUAUCAUGGCCAACAAUGUCCAUAUUGCUUGGCAAUUGCCACAGUACCUGUUAAUAUCAGCCGGGGAAGUGAUGUUCUCCAUUACGGGACUAGCAUUCUCUUAUUCUCAGGCUCCUGUCAGCAUGAAAUCAGUGCUCCAGGCAGGCUGGCUGCUCACCGUGGCCUUUGGAAAUGUCAUUGUGCUCAUUGUUGCCCAAGCAGCGCCGCUGGAGCAGUGGGCUGAGUUUGUCUUGUUCGCUUGCCUCCUCUUUGCCGUGUGUAUCAUUUUCUCCAUCAUGGGCUAUUUCUACGUUAGCGUGGAUCCCGAAGACCUAACAGGAAAAGAAGACGAGAAAGAGAUGCCCAGUAAUGGAAAUGCGAUUAGCCUCGUUCCCCAGAAAACAAAGCUCUAACAUGACUAUGGGUUGGGCUGGUUGCUUUUUUUAAACAGAGCACAUUAAGAGGAAGGAGGUUCGGGGACGGGGAUGGGGGUUUUUGCAUUCUGGCCUCUCACUCAAAAUGUAUCUUUCUGCUAAAUUGAAAAAAAAUCCCCCUUUUCCCCAAACAAGGGGUCUGAAAAUUUGUAUAAAACUGCCUGGGAAAGCUCCUCUAGUAUUAAAGGCACUAUUACAAAUAAAUACAAUGUAAUUUAAAUCUG